AUGAACAUCCUCAGCGUGUAUGACCUGAUUGUUCUCUUCAUAAUCUUCAACGUUGCUGAAGGGGCUCACUUAGCGCUCAAUCAACGCUACCAAGCCAUAGAAUUCCCGAAGGCCCGACAACUUUAUGCGGCCAGUCCAUCUCUCGAUCUCAAAGCAAGAGCAGAUCCGGGAACAUAUGCGUUAAAUAGAGAAGCAUCAUUCCACUUCAUACACGAAACUCUGGAGGAUGACGCGGAAUAUGUCUUCACCACCACACUCAAUGUGGUAUCUCAAUACCCACUAUUUGCCGUCGAGGCUCUAGACACCGACAUAGACAGCAUAUCUUGCUCGGAUUCUCAAAUUCGAUUGUCUAUCAGAACGCUUAGCCGAUCCAAAGUAUUAAAACAGGAGCUUGAGGCUGUCUCGGACUUCGUGAUCGUCACUUCUCAUAGGGGCUGUGACUUAGAAGGAGAAAGGUCCGUUCAUCGUGUCACAAAGACAACUGUUGAUCUUGACCGUCAAAUAUUUACCUUCAACAAAGUCAAGUAUGACUGGCAUGAUGCGUUCCACUCCACCAGGGUGUCCUUCUCUCAUAGGCACCGAUCGGGGAUUCAGAAACGCACAUAUACCCCACAUAAGAAACGACAGCAGGAGCACUCAGAUGCACCGACAAGCACCAAGGUAAUAGACGAUGGUGCUGCACCUUCUAUAUAUUUUCCAACGGCCCCUACGGCAACAUCAGAACUACCUUCGAUCGCGACGAAGUCACUCGACAAACAUUACAUUGACCAGAAGAUAUUUCCGCCAGAUAUUCCCGCUGCUGACAUACCGCAAGGAGUGAUAGUGACAUGUAAAAACUGCUCACUUCAGGGCAAUAUUGAGAUAACCAGGGGCUCAUUCAAUCUUUCCGGUAAUUCUAUCAAAGACACAGUAGCCUUUUUUGAUGACGGUGCGCUUGAAAUCAUCUCGAACGGCUUGUCCGCGCAUGUUGAGCUUGGACUCGACCUCUCGUUGAGCCAAUCCCUCGCUUCUCUGAACGUCUCACUUCCUACGAUUCCUCUCACCCCAUUCGAGAUACCAGGAGUAGUGGCUUUCGGGCCAAUAAUCCGUCCCGAUCUCACCUUCAGCGUAGAUCUGGUCGAAGAGAUCGGAUUCUCUUAUGGAUUUAACCUCUCGGUGCCCGACAACUCCAAGAUUAAGAUCAAUAUGGGUGAUCCUAGAAAUUCAUCCAUUACGGGUUUUGGUGAAACCAAGAUCCAUGCACUGCCAUUUCAAUCUACAUCAGCGUUGGCAUCCCUAAUUUUUAGUGUCACCUUCACACCUCAGAUCCUCCUCGGAAUCAGUACGGUGGAGGGGAUAGUAUCCGGAGGCAUUGGAGCAUUCGUCCAUCUGCCAAAGGUAUCUGUCAAUGCCACUCAACUGCACCAAGUCAAUGAAAAGUGCGAGGCCGUGAUCAGCAAAAAUGAAAGCGAAGAAAGCUCGCGAUCUGCCCUGGACAAUGUCUUCGACAACCUGAUGCAUAUAGCCCCUUCCGUGGACGUCAACAUGGGUGUCCUGGCCAACAUGCAGGUGGAUGUUGCCCAGAUCAGUGAAAGCGUCGCAGUCCAGACCGUGCUGGCAUCGACCUCCUAUCCUCUUCCUACCGUGUGUUUGAAUUUUGAUCCGAAGGGUCAUAGAUAUGGCGCUCCUUCGCGUAGUAAAUCAAGCGCUAGUGCAACGAAGGGAGCUGAUGCCGAUCAGCAAUCCGGCACAGCAAGAUUGGUAGAAGGGCCGAAUAUGGUAUUGCUAAGCAUUUUUACGGUUUCUCUUUUGUCUUGGAUAUUGUGGACGAACUGA